GACCAUAAGCCACUGGAAUCAAUACUCAGGAAGAGCUUGUUAAGUGCGACAGGACACUUUCAAAGGAUGAUGCUUCGCUUGCAGAACUUUGACUUAGAAGUCGGGUAUAAGGAAGGCACGCUUGUCCACGUAGCUGAUAUCCUCAGUAGAGCCUACAUACUCAGAACACAGGCCAAAGGUGCUGAAGCGGAUGUCUCUUUUGUAGCAGAUGUUAAAUCUCCUCUGGAGCAAGAGGUUGAAAGUAUCAAUUCACUAAGCUUUGUACCAUUACUCCUAGAGCCCUGCCACGGUUCAGCAACCAAUAGAGGCACACAGUGGACUGGCGGUCCUAAAGGCCAUGAUUAAAGCAGGGUGGCCGGAUACCCAAGAAGAAGUUCCAGAGUGUAUUCGAGAAUACUUCAGUUUUAGAGAUGAACUGUCUGGGCAAGAUGGUUUGGUUUUAGAAGGUGAGAGGUUAAUGAUUCUACCGAGUAUGAGAGGAGUUCAAGCAGAAAUUGCAUCAGAGCCAUCAGGGGAUAAAGAGAUGCAUCAGAAGAGGCAGAGAAGUUGUUGA